UCCCGUGCCGCCGCCGCCGGGGCUGCUUGGGUUUGAGCCGCACGUGCAGAGGCGCUUCUGGCCCCGGUGGCGGCUUGGCUGGGACCUCCGUCUGGGCGCCCGCCAUGGCCCCGCCGGCAGAGACGCGCGUGUUCCUGGAGGUGCGGAGACGGCUGCAGAGCGCGCUGCUGAUCCUGGGAGAGCCCAAAGAAGGAGGGAUGCCCAUGGAUAUUUCCAUAACUCCCUCCUCGCUCCAGGUGAGGACCCCUGGAGGCUGCACAGAGAUCUGCCUUCCAGCAGAGGUCAGGCUUGUGCCUUCCUCUGGCCAUGGGCUGCAGUAUGUGGCUGGAGAUGGACUACACCUGCGGCUGCAGGCGCGGAUGGAAUUCAGCACAAAGCUGACUUCAAUGUUUAAUCAAAGCUCAGAAGCCCAAGACUGCUGCACAUUUUAUUGCCAGUCCUGCGGUGAAGUCAUAAUAAGGGACAGGAAGCUCCUCAGGGUGCUCCCGUUGCCGAUGGAGAACUGGGGAGCUCUGGUUGGAGAAUGGUGUUGCCAUGCGGACCCCUUUGCUAAUAAGCCCCUUCAUCCGCGAGAGAACGACUGUCUUAUUGGAGACGCUUUCUACUUGGUGAAUUUAAGAAGUGACACGUGGCAGCCAAGUCCUCAAGUAGCUCCAGGGGAGAUGCACUGUCCGUCUUCCGAGAACCAUUUUAAAUCGAAACCAAAGGCAAAUACCAAAGUAAUUUGUAAGCGUUGCAAGGUAAUGUUGGGAGAGACCAUGUCAUCAGAAACCAUUAAGUUUUAUAUGACAGAGGUGAUUAUGCAGCCAUCUGAGAGAAAUUUUCCCAUCAUACCAAGGUCUCAGUUUGUACAGAGCACUGUCGCUCAGUGCCUAGUGGAACUCUCCUCUGCUAGAAGCACUUUUAGAUUCAGUGUUCAAGGUCAUGACAGCAAACCGUACAUCUUGCUAUGGCUUUUAAACUCAGACAGUUUGGUGAUUGAAUCUUUGGCGAGUUCCAGAAGUGUCAAAAAGUUUCCCUUGUUGGAAGACAUAUUGAAGGCAGAUUCCAGCUCUGCUCAGAACGCUGUCAAAGUCCUCUACCAGCCAUGCAUCAAAAGUAGGAAUGAAAAGCUUGUCAGCUCCUGGGAAAGUGACGUCAGCGUCCACCCUCUGACCCUGCCCUCUGCAACCUGCUUGGAGCUGCUGCUGCUAUUAUCAAGGAAUAACGCCACGCUGCCUCCGUCCCUUCGCUGUAUGAAUUCCUUUCAGGUGGCCUUUUUGAAGAUGUAACCGUGGGAGCCGAAGCCUUCCUCUGCACAGCACGGAGCACAUGGGAGGCCGGCAGUCAGCCCAGGGAGCAGUGAUUACAGACAAGAGCCCGAGCCCUGCAGUGGAGUUUGAGUGUUACCUGCAUAUAUUCUCUAAACUUCAACUCUGUGAAAGACCAAGGUGGUGAAGGAAGUCACCGUCGCAGGUUGAGUUAAGUGUAGAAGUUCAGUCCCUAUUUCCACAGAGAAGAACAUCCAAAUGUGUGCUGUGUCAGACCACCGGGAAGGCUGCGAGCUAGCGGAGACCCGUCUGUCCAGAGCGGAAUGCAGAGGGACUUCGCUGCUGGAAUUGUGUUAACUGCCAUAAAUCUUUGGAAAUAAACUUUCAAAGAACUUCUCAGGUUCCUUUAAAACAAUUUUUUUAAAACGAAAAUAUCUAAUUUUGCAUACCUUAUUUAGAGGAGAUGCUCAAUAAAUAAAUGUUUGUUGAAUAAAUGAUGAUCAAAUUAAAGGUUUUCCCACUUAUG